CAGGAAUGGAUGAAGAUGGAGUGCACGAGGUGGUGACGGGGAUAGAAGGAAGACAUCUAGGGGGGUGGGGGCUGCUGCAGAUAGCAGGAUGUACAGGUUUGGCGGCUUACUCUGUGUGGGCAUUGGUGCUGAUGCCUGGCUUCAGGAAAGUGCCAUUAAAAUUGCAGGUUCCUUACAUGCCAGCCAGUGCCAGGCAAAUGGAUAAUGUACUGACACUGCUGAAGGGACGGUCGGGAAAGAUGGUGGACCUGGGCUCUGGCGAUGGCAGAAUAGUUCUGGAGGCGGCCAGACGGGGCUUCAGUCCAGCGGUGGGGUAUGAGCUGAACCCCUGGCUAGUGCGUCUGUCAUAUUUCUACGCCUGGAAGUCGGAUUAUCACCGCCGGGUGUCUUACCUGCGAGAAGACUUGUGGAAGAUGAAACUACAUGACUGCAAGAACGUCUCCAUAUUUCUGGCCCCCAGUGUGCUCACGUUGUUGGAGGAGAAGAUGCUGGAGGAGCUUCCUGAUGAUGCCCGUGUGGUGACAGGACGCUUUCCCUUACCGACAUGGGCACCCAGUGCCAUCAUUGGAGAGGGCACAGAGAGAGCAUGGGCCUAUGAUCUUAGGACUGUCCGGCAAGCCACGACAGCCAAUCAGCAUGGGACUGAGGUGUGA